AUGUCUGCUAUCGUAUCCAAAGCCACAGGUCUCUUCAACUCUGCCGUGACCAAAUCUACUCAGCUCGCUAACUGCGCCGUUUACUGGACUAAAGUCGGCGCCGAGGUCGGCAAGAUCGUCUACAAGCAAGAAGGCCUUGCUCCUCCAUCCCAGGCUCAGUUUAAGCAGGUGUACAAUCAAUUCUUCAACUUCUUGAAGUCCCCUGCUGAGCAGAAGGCUGCUUUGGAGGCUGUUUCGAAAUUCCAGCCAAACAAGCAGAACUUGACCCAAUUGGGUAUCUACUCUGUCCACAUCUUGGCCUUCUUCUCUGUGGGCGAGAUUAUUGGCAGAAGAUCGUUGUUUGGCUACCCUGUUCCACACGGUGACCACCACUAA